AUGAUGUCAGAAAACGGUAGUGCCUUGUUUUUUCUAUUAGGUGUAAUCGUGCAUUUGGUGUUGGUUUACUCCAUUUUUGAUGUUUAUUACGAUUCGCCGAUUGUUUCUGGAGCCAAAUCGCAGGAGUUUCUUCAAACUGAUAACACUGCAAAGCGUCUUGUAUUAUUUUCCGCAGGUAGUGCUUAUAAUUUUUUUAUUUAUUUUUAGAUGGUCUCCGAUCUCGCACCUUUUAUGAUUAUCCUCAAAAAUCUCCGUACCUUCAUUCAUUGAUACGAAAUAACCAGGUAGGUUUAUUGAAAUUAAUAAAGGUAUUGCACAAACUAUCCAUGGCCAAAUGGCAUGUGCUGUUUUCCAUUCGAAAUUCCUUGUAAAGUUUCCUAGGAACCGGUUCCAAAAAUCGCCAACUGAGUUUGGUCACGGAGAUCUACGAUGUCUCUAGUGCAGAAACGGGAAGACCGGGGUCAUGAGCUGCUACAUCAUUCGUCGGCGGCAUUAGAUCGUUUUUACAAUGAAUAAGGGUGCUUAGUUACUAUAAAGUUGAAAUAAUUACACCUUAAGAAUCCAUCAAAUCCUAAGUAAUGUUUUUGGCAUAUGAUUCUUGGGAUUUUAGCGGUCGAUUUCUCUAUAUCAGUUAUUCAUAAAAAUCUUUGAAACAUGUUCUUAGAACAUUUCUUCAAGACUUUCGAAUCGUGUAUAACACAUGUCAUUUGGGCAUGGACAGUUUGGGCAAUUCCCUUGUGACGUUUACGUUCUAGUGCGUGUUCGGAGUCUCCGUAAGUCAUGUUCCAACAGAAUCAAGGCCCGGGCAUGUUGCUAUGCUGGCGGGUAUAUAUGAAGAUGUUAGUGCCGUGACCAGAGGAUGGUCUCAGAAUCCAGUCGCCUUUGAUAGUAUCUUUAACCAGUCCAGGAAGUCUUUCCUUUACGGAAGUCCGGACAUCGUUCCAAUGUUUGGCGAUAAAGUUGACCAAGCCGAAACUUUUUAUUACUCAUCGGACGAAGAAGAUUUCUCGCGAAAUGAUGCUGCCUACCUGGAUCGAUGGGUUUUUCAGAAAGUCGAAGUAAGUUUUAAGAUAAGUUGGUUUCAUUUUAGGAUCUUUUAAAUGGGAGCAACGCUGACUUGUACAACGAUAAGACAGUUUUCUUCCUCCAUUUACUUGGUUUAGAUACCAAUGGUCAUGGGAAGAAACCCGCCUCGGAUGAAUACAUUAGCAAUAUUCAUGUUGUUGACCAAGGGAUUCAUAGGAUUGUUGAACUUUUUGGGACAGUAUUUCCUGAUCGCAGGUAAGAACGUCAUGGUUGUCCUGUUCGUUUGAAGUAUGUCUUUUAUUAUGAAUGUUCAGAACGGCUUUUGUUUUCACUGCCGAUCAUGGAAUGACUGAUUGGGGAUCUCAUGGAAGUGGAACUGAUGAUGAAGUCCUGACUCCCUUCGUUAUCUGGGGACAUGGAGUUUCACCUCUGCCAUUAAAAGAAGAGAUUAAUCAAGUCGAUUUAACCCCUUUAAUGUCAGCUCUUCUGGGGAUUCCGAUUCCAGUUAACAGUCUCGGUAUUAUUCCUCUUCAUUUCCUCGACUUUCCAGCUAAACUGAAGUGUAAUAUUGCUUGUGCCAAUCUGAAACAGGUACAGUUAAGAUAUUUUGUUAUCAAUGUUAAUUUAGAUGGUAGAACAAUUUGGUAUCAAAAGAGCCGAGAAAGAAAGGAAUUCUUUUAAAUUUUUGUUCAAGGAGUACCCCGAGUUCAAGGCUUCUGUUCUGAAUAAGGUUCACGAAACAAUCUCGAGUUUAAUAAGGAAUCGAAGAUACGAAUCUGCUUCUCAGAUUUGCUUGGAAUGGAUUCCAAGAGUCAGAGAUGGGUUAUAUUAUUUCCAUCGCUACAACAGGACUACACUGGGCAUGGCCAUCGCUUUUUUGUUCUUCUCCUGGGUCUUCUUGUUGUACACAUUUAUGCGGUGGUGGGUUGAGUUAGGUACGAUUAAUUAUUGUCUAUUCAAUUUAGGGGAGCGUUUCGUGAUGUGAAAACGUUUGUUUCGAACAAGUGGUUUGUCGGAAUAUUUGUAAUUGAGAUAUCUGUGUCCCUGAUGCAUAAGUGGCCCCUUUCGCAUACCUGUUUUUAUCUUUUGCCAACGUACAUUUCAUCUUUGAUAUGGAAUAGUAAUGGAAUUACAUUAAAGCAAGCUUUGGUCCUGUUUCAGGAUAUCAGACAAUGGUACCUGCAUUUCUUUAUUGGCAUCUUUGUUUUAGGUAGGUAAUGUAUUCAGGAGUUAUGACUUGUUUCAGCGAUGCACAUAUUAAUCACUGUGAGCGCAUUCUUCGAACGUGCUGUUGUUUCUUUGCUUCUCUUAUUUAUUGCUCCCCUACCAUAUUACACCUCAUCUCUGCCAAAGAUCUGGUAUGGGUUUUGUUUUGAGAUUAAGAAACGAAGUCGGUUUAGGUCUAAUAUAUGGGCAAUUUCAAGUUUUUGUUUGGCCCUCUUUCCGUUGCUGCCUCCUGUAGGAAACAUACCCAUGAAGGGCUUGGUUGUGAUGUCUCCCUUGGUGUGUUCAUAUGGAUUGCAUUAUUAUAAAACAACAUAUGGACAGAAAGAUUCGAAAGGAGUGUUUACUGCAAUAUCGGCAAUGCUGGUGGUCACAUCUGUUGUCAAUUGCUUAGGUCCCUACUUAGUAAGUUUAAAUAAUAUACAAUGUAUAUUUCUAUCAGACAUCAUUCUGCCGUGUAACGUCCUGGGCACUGCUUUUUUUCGGAUUUAUUGUUCCAUUCAUGGUCAAACGAAGUUUAACUGAUAGAUAUAUAUCCUGGUUGUCUUCCACAUUUAUGGUCUAUUCCCUGCUCUCUAUGGCCUACGAGUCCGUGUUCUUAUUGUUGUUCAUGACAUUCCUUAUUUGUUAUGUCCGUCUGGAAUACAACAGCCAUAAUGACAUCCAGUUCUUGAACCUCCAAAUUGAAGACAAGAGUGUGGGGAAGAAGAAAGGAAUGUUUGAUGUGGAUGUGAGAACAUUGGGUCCCUUUGAUCGACAGGAAUGGCAAAGGGCGAUGCUGUUGAUCGUCCUGAUUGAGGUAGCUUUCUUUGGCACUGGGAAUCUAGCAUCGUUAAAUGGAUUCAAUCCCAGUGCAACCAGCAACUUUGUCACAACUUUCUCGCCUUUCUUGAUGGCCUUUCUCCUCAUACUGAAGGUAGCCAUCCCCUUAUUGCAGCUAGCCUUUUCACUGGCUGUUAUCCUUCAACGACAAGAGAAUAAACUUCCUCGGUUGGGAGUGUUACUGAUGAUUUUAUCCGAUCUUAUGGCUAUGGCAAGUUUCCCUUUUGCAGGCUUAUUUAUGGGAAAAUUAUUUGUACUGACCUUUGACAUUUUCAUUCCAAGUUUUGGAGCCCGAAAUCGGUGAAACUCCAAAAAAAUUUCAAUGUUUUUCAAUUACGUUUCUCAGACUCGAAAAUUUUUUUAUUCCUGGCUAAAGAGUCGCCAAAUUUGCUGAAAAAUUAAAACUUGAACUCUGGAAAAAAACUAACGUAGAGAUACGGAAUUCCAACGUUUUGGGUUGGAAUUGCAAUUUCUAUACUUUCUAAAUUUAUAACAGAAUUUUGUCAUAUGUCAUUACUGUUUGACUAAGGACUGCUUGAAACAUUGUGUUCAUCACUGUUCACCCCUGUUUACAGAUAAGGGUAAACAUAAUUGCUUUAUGGGGAAAAAUAUUUUUUGUUCUGCGUGAAAAAUAUAGACCUUUUGUUUAUUUUCAGAUAUUCUUCUUCAAUUUAAAAGACGAUGGCAGCUGGCUAGAAAUCGGGAUGAGUAUCAGCCACUACCUGAUAUGCCUUGGAAUGUCCAGCGUUGUCUUUCUUCUAUUACAUAUCGCCAAAAUGAUAAUUGAAUGCCGUUCCAAAUAA